GCCAUGACAUAAAUUACUUCAGCAGCCGUUUGCUAUCUGAUGCAUACUUUUUUCACCUUUAUCACGCUGAUGACCUCUUUAACCUCCGUAGAUUUGGAUACAUCCCAGUACUCUGUUAAGGUCGACAUUUCUAGGGUAUCCAAGGAUGACCUUAAGCCAUAUAUCAAAUUACAGCGUGCCACCAAUUUUUUGGCGGGGGCGAUGAUUUUCUUGAAAUCCAAUGUUUUGCUACGAAACAAGUUGACGUUCGACGAUAUCAAACCGAGGCUUCUUGGUCACUGGGGCACUUGCCCAGCUAUCAAUUUGAUAUACGCACAUUGUACGAGAAUCAUCAAAAGUCAAAAUCAACGUAUGUUGUUAGUGACCGGCCCAGGUCAUGGUGCUCCGGCCAAUCUUGCCAACUUGUAUCUCGAAGGCUCGCUGUCCAAAUUCUAUCCCCAAUAUUCUUUGACCGAGAAGGGGUUGUUUAACUUGAUAAGAGGAUUUUCAUGGCCUGGCGGCUUUCCAAGCCAUACAAAUUCGGAACUCCCUGGUCAAAUUCACGAAGGUGGAGAGCUCGGAUACGCUCUAGCCGUCAGCUUUGGUGCGGCAUUGGACAACCCUAAUUUGGUUGUUACAUGCAUUGUAGGAGAUGGAGAAGCUGAAACCGGCCCAACUGCAACAGCAUGGCAUGCCAUUAAGUACCUCGACCCUGUUACUUCCGGUGCUGUUCUACCUAUCCUCAAUUUGAACGGAUUCAAAAUUUCUGAGCGCACAAUUUUCGGCUGCAUGAGCGAUGAUGAACUGGUGGCUCUGUUCACUGGAUACGGAUAUCAAUGCAGAAUUGUUGGUGUAAACCUCCAAGAUGUUCAACAGGACAUGGCGGCAUCAAUGGAAUGGGCAAUAGAGACCAUACAUACCAUUCAAGAAAAGGCUCGCUCAGGAAAUCCAAUUUAUAAACCUCGUUGGCCAAUGAUUGUUCUACGAACACCUAAAGGCUGGACUGGUCCUAAAGAAGCACAUGGAAAGCGAAUUGAAGGAACUUUUCACGCACAUCAAGUACCUCUUCCAAAGGCUAAUACAGACAAAGAAGAACUGGAGCUGUUGGAACAGUGGCUACAUAGCUACAAACUAGAUGAGCUAUUUUCAGAAAACAGUCUUCCGAAGAAGGAUGUGACCGAUGUAUUCCCUGAAGAUGAUUACAAACUUGGUAUGAUCGCAGACUCCUAUAAUGGAUACAAACCGCUUGAUCUUCCAGAUUGGAAGGAUUUCGGUGUUUCAGAUGCCAACGCGAGCCCAAUGAAGAUAUCUGGCAAAUUUUUAGCAAGUGUCAUUGAGCGUAAUCCACAGACAUUUAGAAUAUUUUGUCCGGACGAAUUGAUGUCCAACAAGCUCGACGCAGUGUUCGGUGUCACCGGCCGAGCUUUUGAGUGGGACAAGGAUGUUUUUUCCAAAAAUGGUCGAAUUAUCGAGAUUUUAUCCGAGCAUACAUGCCAAGGUCUUCUUCAAGGAUAUACACUCACCGGACGAACUGCACUGUUUCCGAGCUACGAAGCAUUUCUCGGUAUUGUGACUACAAUGGUCAUCCAGUAUGCUAAAUUUGUGAAAAUGGGAAAAGAAACAAAGUGGAGGUCCGACAUAGCGUCCCUGAAUUACAUUGAAACUAGUACUCUGUGGAGGCAAGAACACAACGGAUUCAGUCAUCAAGUUCCUGGAUUCAUUAACAGUUUGAUAAAUCUGAAGUCAGAUAUGAUUCGCAUAUAUUUACCACCGGAUGCUAACUGUAUGGUCUCCACGCUGAGACACUGUCUUCGAAGCAAGAACUACAUCAAUUUGAUGAUAAGCUCUAAGCAUGAGACAGCUGUCUGGUUGAAUCCUGAGGAAGCAGAAACUCAUUGUCGAGCUGGCGUUUCUAUCUGGAAAUCUUACAGCUCGGAUCAUGGAAGGCAUCCGCACGUUGUCUUGGUUGGAUGUGGUGUAGAAACAACGUUUGAAGUCUUGGCAGCAGCAGCUAUGUUACGCAAAGAUUGUCCGAACCUUAAAGUCCGUGUAGUCAAUGUUACAGACUUAAUGGUUCUUGGGUUUGACCAUCCUCAUGCUCUAUCCACAACGGAGUUUGCAUCUGUCUUUGGAGAUCAGCAGCCAAUCAUCUUCAACUUCCACGGUUAUAACAGCGUUAUCAAGGGCCUUACUUUUGAGAGGAACAACGUUCCGGAUCGAAUGUCUAUUCACGGAUAUAAGGAAGAAGGUACAACCACAACACCAUUCAGGAUGUUGACUGCGAAUGGUUGUUCCCGAUUCGAUAUUGCCAUCGACGCACUACAAAGAGUUGCGCCUAACGACGAUGUUGAUAUCGAUGUACAUACAUUGAUUACCAGUUACCGUCAUCAGAUUAGAGAACAUGAAAAAUACAUCUCGCAACAUGGUGAGGAUCCUGCUCAUUUUUCUGAGCGUCCUAACUUUUAAAUGCCCACCUCCAAUUACGCGGAGAUUAAAUAUUAGCCAAAAAUAAAGUCAUCUUUUUAUUUUCUCUGCUGA